AUGCAGACCCCGGCCCACUUCCACAUGUGGCGAGACUACUUGGGGCUGAGUCAGGUGGUGCUGGCCCUGGCGGAGGCCAGGCGGGCCGGGGCCGGCCGGGACCCGGGCCGGGAGGAGGCGGAGGGCGGCCGGGAGGAGGCGGCCGGGCCCCUGCGGCCCCCCGCCCCCCGGCCCUUCUGCAAUUUCUGCAAGCACAACGGGGAGUCCCGGGCGGUGUACCGCUCGCACGGGCUGAAGGCGCCGGACGGCAGGGUGCUGUGCCCCAUCCUGCGGGAUUACCUGUGCCCCCUGUGCGGGGCGUCGGGCGACGGGGCCCACACUCUCCGCUACUGCCCUCUCAACCCCGGGGCGCGGUCCCUCUUUGGCCGCCGGGGCCUCGACGCCGCCGGGCCCGGGGUCAGGCCCUGA